AUGCCGCUGAGUUUUCCAGUUGAGACGGAGGAGAAGGAAGGCCCAGAGUGUCCAGAUCGAAAUGGCAGAGAAACCACCAUUCUGCUGGAGCAAAUGGAAACCGGGCGCAGCUACUCAUCUAGCCUACAGAUUGGGCCAUACUCUGCUAUCAAGGUGGGGCACAUGAAGCAGCAACUCAUCCCACCCACACGGCUCAGCAGUGCAACACCUCAGCCUUUACAUGGGACGCUCUGCUCAGUGUCAACAUUAAACCAAGACUACGAAUUACUGGAGAAGGGCAUAGGCAACCGAUGA